ACAAAGAGAGAGAGAGAGAGAGAGAGAGAGAACAUGAUUCUUCUAUAGUCCAUCUGCAGAAGAAGCUCAAGUUCCAAAUCCAUGGAGCUCCCUUUACUCUCUAGUUUCUCUUACUUCUUUUUGUUAUUAUUGUCGCUAGUUCUUCUCUCUCGAGCUCAACAAAGUUACCUUAAUAACAAACAAUUGGACUGCUACAACUACAACAAUGACUCUGUUACCGGUGGGAAUCUCUGUAAUGGUCCUCAAAGAUCUUGCAUCUCCUAUCUCACCUUCCGGUCACUCUAUCCUUAUGAUACUGCAACUCCAUCGCCUACCUCUUGAAUGCUGAUCCAACACUGAUUGCCCAAAGUAAUAACAUCUCUGAGGUAUACAAGAUCCCUACAGACACCCUCAUUAUAGUUCCUGCAAAUUGUUCAUGUUCAGGUGAGUUCUAUCAGCAUAACGCCUCCUACAGGUUGGAAGAUAAGCUUGAGACAUAUUUUACCGUGGCUAACAACACUUACAACGCCCUCACCACUUGCCAAGCCCUGAUGAAUCAGAAUCCUUACGACAGUCGAAAUCUUUCGGUGGGAUUAUCACUAUUAGUCCCAUUGAGAUGUGCCUGCCCCACCAGGAACCAGACUUCCAGUGGUGUGAAGUUCUUGCUCACUUAUCUGAUUACAUGGGGUGACUCUGUUUCUUCCAUUGCUAAGAUGUUCGGCACUGAUGAACAGAGCAUAAAUGCGGCGAACGACUUGAUGGCUGACCAAACGAUAUUCUCCUUAACGCCCAUUAUGGUUCCUCUUAAAACUGAGCCUGCAACAAACAAGUCUCCGAAUCCAUCCUUUGUCCCUGCCAGUGAAGCUCCAGGCAUAAGCAUAGGAUCUACAUCAAUGGCAAAACCAGGCUGCCAGGAGAGGUGUGGGAACGUCAGCAUACCGUACCCGUUUGGCAUCGGGGAUUAUUGUUAUUAUAACAAGACGUACAGUAUCCUAUGCAACCAUUCUAAUUCUAAUCCUGCGGUGCCCUUCCUGCAAUACUUAGAUCUCAAAGUUCUGGAAUUCUUGCCUGAUUUCAGUGUCCGUGUGGUCUAUAAUUCGGUGGCUUCAACAUGCCGCGGGCAUAGUAACAAAGACUUAUCCAUCAGUGUAGAUUUCCCCUUUACCUUCUCCACCACCUACAACUAUUUCACUGCUGUCGGAUGUGAUAUCUCUGCCUCCUUUGCCCGCCGCAAUGGCAAAAAUGACACAGACACAGACACAGACGGCUGUAUGUUGCUUUGCAACAGAACCCUGGAUCCUAUGAGUCCUAGUACUUAUUGUGCAGGUCACACAUGCUGCAAAAAACCCAUUCCAAGCAGACUUAAUAUGUAUGAUGUAAAAGUCUUACACUUGGACACCUCUGGGGCAUCCAAUUCCUGCAGCAUAGCUUUUCUUGCAGAUAGAAACUUCUCUGAGUACAAUCAGUUUGACCUAUCCAGUAAUAUGAAGGAGCUCAAUUCUGCUAGCUACCGUAUUCCAGCAGUGCUGGAUUGGGUGAUAGAAAAUGUCACAUGUGAAGAAGCUCGCAAAGGAAGAGCUUUGGGUGAUGGAUGUGGCAAGAACACCAACUGUGUUGACUCCGAUGAUGGCCACGGAUUCAAAUGUCAUUGCUCAGAAGGCUUCCAAGGGAAUCCUUACCUGCAUAAUGGAUGCAAAGGAAGUAAACCAGGGACUUCUGUUGUUGUGAUUCUAAUUUCAGGUAUUGGAAUAGCAUUGACUUUGAUAACUCUGAUUGCUAUCAGUCUCUGGUCGUACACCCAAUUUGUGAAAAGACAGCAAAUCCGACUAAAGCAGAAGUUUUUCAAGAAAAAUGGUGGUUUACUAUUACAGCAAGAGAUCUCUUCACAUGACUAUAGUGUUGAAAAUAUCAAAAUCUUUCCUAUUGAAGAACUAGAAAGGGCAACAGAUAACUUCAAUCAAAGUCGAAUCCUUGGCAAUGGUGGCUUUGGUACAGUUUACAAAGGGAUGCUAUCAGAUGGGAAGAUAGUAGCCAUAAAAAAGUCCAAAAUAGUGGAUGAUAGCCAAAUUGAUCAAUUCAUUAAUGAAGUUGUCAUUCUUUCACAAAUCAACCAUAGAAACAUAGUGAAGUUGUUUGGCUGUUGCCUAGAGACCCAAGUACCUUUACUAGUUUAUGAGUUUGUCUUAAAUGGAACCCUCUCCUACCAUCUCCAUGACGAAGGUCAAGCAUCGUCUCUUUCAUGGGAGAAUCGCUUAAGAAUUGCUACAGAAAUUGCUGGAGCACUUGCCUACUUGCACUCUGCUGCUUCUAAUCCUAUCUAUCAUCGAGACAUCAAGUCUACCAAUAUCCUCCUCGAUGGAAACUAUAGGGCUAAAGUUGCUGACUUUGGAAUUUCAAGGACAGUACCCUUUGAAAAAACUCAUUUAACUACACUUGUGCAAGGGACCUUUGGCUACUUGGAUCCAGAGUAUUUUCAUACUGGGCAAUUUACAGAGAAAAGCGAUGUUUAUAGCUUUGGAGUGGUUCUUCUGGAGAUCUUGACUGCACAAAAGGCCAUUUUUUUUAAUGGUGACCAAGAAGAGAGAAGUUUAAUUAUGCAUUUCGUAUCAUCAAUGAAGGAGAAUCGUUUAUUUGAAGUUUUGGAAGCCAGAGUUAUCCAGGAAGGGCACAUGGAACAGCUUUUGGCUGUUUCCAAACUUGCAAAGAAAUGUGUGAAAGUGAAUGGAAAGAAAAGGCCGGGCAUGAAAGAAGCAGCUGCAGUUCUUGAAGGAUUAAGAAGCUUUCACGGACAUCCAGAUCGGUGAAAUUUGUAAACCAGGACAGGUGCUUGAUCUUUGAAGAAGAUGCAUUUAGCUACCCAGUUGAUGAAACAGGAUUCAUUUAUGAUUCUUGGAAUAAUUACUGGUUUAGCAACUGCUGGUGUUCAUGACAAUCCUUAUUAGUCUUCUUUCCUUUCAAGGAAUUCCAUUUUCAAAUUAGUAUUUGAUAAUAUGAUUAUUUCUAUUCAACACUGUUAUUUCUCUGUA